UCUCUAAGACGAUUUAGGUAUAUGAUAGUGUAUAGAAAAACGCCUUAUUUCUCUUGUAUUUCAUUGUUAUUAAUGUUUAAAAUCUGAUUCUAUCUAUCGCUAUACAACAGUAACAAAUGGAUGCGUAUGAUUUUGAGUUUCUUGUGUCAUUUCCUUCGUCGGUACCGUCGUCAAAUACAUUAAUCUGCAAGUUGAACGAGAAAGAACCGGUUGUUAUUUUGUUUGGUUGGUUAGGAUGCGCGGAUCGAUACCUAACGAAAUACGGAAAUCUUUAUGAAAAAUAUGGUUGCAUCACUGUUCGGUAUACUCCUCCAGUUCAGUGUGUUUUAAAUAUGUCUGCUCAAAAACUGUUGUAUCAACAUGCUUUGAAGUUAAUUGCUUUUCUGGAAGAUAUUGGUCUGGAAAAACAUCCUGUGUUUUUUCAUGUAUUUAGCAACACUGGUACAAUGAUGUAUGGAAUCAUCAGUGAUCUGUUAAAGAAAAGAAAAACAGUUUCCUUUCAGGUCCAGGGAUGUAUUUAUGAUAGUGCUCCAGCCAAAUUGUCUUUCUUUGGAAUUGCAAAAAGCAUUAUUUCUGUGACACCAGGAAAUAUUUUUUACAAGUACUUCAUCAGUUUCUUUAGCACAUUGUUUAUGUACAUGUAUUCCUGUGCUUUAUCAGUUUGGUUGGGUCAGAAGAUCCUUGAUAAACAACCAUAUCAUUAUAAUCGUGUUUGGGAUAACCUUAUCGAUGAGCCAGGCAAGCAUCCACAGUUGUUUCUCUUUUCCAAAGCUGACGAUUUGUGCCCUUAUAAGACGAUUGAAGACUUCAUCCAGUGGCGAAAAAAGCAUGGAGUUGAUGUGACUUCCGUGUUAUGGGAAGAUUCAAAGCAUGUCCGGCAUCUAGAAGAGCAUGAGGAAGACUACACCAGUCAUAUUGUGAACUUUUUAGAGCACUGCUUGUCUCAUCAGAGAGAAAUGUGCAUUGAAAAAAAAGCAGAUGAAGAUGAUUAAGUUUAAACGGCCAUUUAGCUGAUUCAUUUCUGUUUGAUGUUUCUUGAAUUACAUCCUGUUUGUAAUAAAACAGUUCAUGGUUGUGAGAGAAUGUGUGUAUUUCCCUCAGAAUGUGAAUUACUAGUCCAGGUUUUUACAGGUUUAUUUUCCAAAAAUACUUGUAUAAAACCAUUUUUUGGUGGUAUAAUCACUCGUGAAGUUUUGUAAUCAUACAUCUCAAUGAACUUUAUUAUUUCUUUUAAGUUAUCCGAGUUUUUUUCUCAUACAGUACUAUUUCCAUGAUUACUGAUCUUGCUACAAAGUAAAACAUUAAUCUUUCACAGUUGUAUAAAAUUCUAUCACUUGGAUUUUUGUGUUUAUAGGAUAGUGUAUGAAAACUAAUUAUACAAUGUUUAUUUUUAGGUACACUUGCAAUGUUUCAAAUAGUUGUAGACGAGUACUUAACCAUUUAUGUUUUUCCCUUUUCAUUAAUAUUUUUCUAAUUUCAUAAAGAUUCUGUUAUGUACGUGAUAUUUUGAACAUUUUCAAAUGUGCAAGCAUUUGUACUUGUUAUAUAUUGACAGAACUAAGUUUGCUGUAUAUUUACAAUGUGAUUAAUGUAUUUAAGAAUCUCAUUGAUGUUGUGUUUAAACUAUGGUCUAUACUUUGUGUAGAAUUGGCAAAGCAUCGAAGCUUGCUUGUCAUUUGUUUAGUUUAAGAAUUCCAAAAGGGUGCACAAUUCAAUUUUUGCAAGAUAAUUGCAUUAUUAACUUAAGUGUUGUUUUUUAAUUGUAUAUGAUUAUUUGCUAAUGUUUCAAAUCUAAAGAUAAAAGAAAUAGAAGCAGAGCUUGAAAUUAACAGUGACUAGCUGAGUAAAAGAUUGUAAUUUUUAGUGUUUAGCCAACGGCCAACAAGUAACAUUGGCAUUUUUUGCCAGUUGAUAAUACAGGUAUGAUUAUGAAUAGUCAGACAAUUUGUCAGUAUUUAUAACAGUUAUUUAAAAAAUGAAAAACUUUCAUUAAUGGGGGGGGGGCACACUAUGAUAAUAAUUUUCUAUUAGUUUUGUUGAGUAACAUGCUCAUGCAUUUUUCAAGUUGAAUAUAAAGUAAAAACAGUGCAUUCAAGCAGUGUUUCAGCUUAUUCUUUAUUAUAUCCUUUUCUUCUUUUCUUAUUAGGAAAUUUAUUUUUACAAACAUAUAUCUAAAAUGUGAAAUAUAAAAUGUAACAUUUCCUGGAAAUUUAUGUCAACUGCUUAGUUAUAUAUAUGUUAAGGACAUGCAACUAAUAAAUCAACUGUUUAACUUUUUUUCCUCUAAUUUGUUUUUGCCAGCAUUGCUGGAAUGUUUAAGUAAUGUUUGAAGUGUCUGACAAACAUUUGUCUGGGGUCAAAAAUGUUACUUUCAAGCUCUGAGAAGAAUGUGUAACAAAAUGUCUAGUUUGUUGAUGCAUUUGGAUACACAAAUUAACUUAAAGCUAUUAUAGAGAAAAAUGUGAGCAAAGUAUCAAUACAGUUAUCAAAGAACUUCCUAUACGUAUGUAAGAUGGUAAAAAAUACCAAAUGUUCAUGUGCUUUUAUAUUGAUAGUUGCAUUAUUUUAACAGUACCUAUAUUUUAUCUAUUCCAUCUUAAUUAUCCUUAUUAGUUCUUUGAUAUAACAGAAAAUAAACUAGAUGUUACCUGUUAACUUACAGAUCAAAAUGUUAAAAAGCUGAACAUUUACUUCGUUGAAAGUUCAUAAAAACCAUCAGAACCAUUUGUUGUGAAAAAGAAAAACUGAAUGAAAUGCUAAAUAUUUGAUUAAACAAGCACAACUCUAAACAAUCAAUAUUUUUUGGAUUGUACAUAGUUUUACUUUGAAAUACAAUUAAAACAAGGUGCCACUGAAGUGUUAAGAUUCAUUUGGAACCACCCUGUCUUUAUGUUUAAAAACAAACAGAGCAAUAUGUAUGUAAACAGUGUUAUAAGGUUUGUGUUGUUACUUUAUGAAU